CUCCGCUCCCUGUGCCGCCGCCCGGGCCCACAAGUGAGGGCCUGACAGCCCCCGGCCGGGGCGGCGCCACGGCGGGCACCGCACUCUCCUCGGGAUCACUUCCCCCAACUGGGGCAACUUCUCCUGAGGCGGGAGGCCUUUUUACUCAGCUUUCUUAUUCUCCACUGGGGCAAACUUCUCGGUCCUUGAAUGACUUUUCCUGAAGCGGACAUUUUCCUCAAAUCCGGAGAUUGUGCUGGGCAGACGAUGCUGGACACGAUGGAGGCGCCUGGCCACUCGAGGCAGCUGCUGCUGCAGCUCAACAACCAGCGCACGAAAGGCUUCUUGUGCGACGUGAUCAUCGUGGUGCAGAACGCCCUCUUCCGCGCGCACAAGAACGUGCUGGCGGCCAGCAGCGCCUACCUCAAGUCCCUGGUCGUGCAUGACAACCUGCUCAACCUGGACCAUGACAUGGUGAGCCCGGCCGUCUUCCGCCUGGUGCUGGACUUCAUCUACACCGGCCGCCUGGCUGACGGCGCGGAGGCAGCCGCGGCGGCGGCCGUGGCCCCCGGGGCGGAGCCGAGCCUGGGAGCCGUGCUGGCCGCCGCCAGCUACCUGCAGAUCCCCGACCUCGUGGCGCUGUGCAAGAAGCGCCUCAAGCGCCACGGCAAGUACUGUCACCUGCGGGGCGGCGGCGGCGGCGGCGGGGGCUACGCGCCCUACGGCCGGCCCGGCCGGGGCCUGCGGGCCGCCACGCCCGUCAUCCAGACCUGCUACUCGUCGCCCGCCGGGCCCCCGCCGCCGCCCGCCGCCGACCCGCCCUCGGGCGCCGAGGCCGCGGUGAGCACGCACUGCGCGGAGAUGUACGCCUCGGGCCCCGGCCCGGCCGCCGCCCUCUGCGCCGCCGAGCGCCGCUGCUCCCCGCUCUGCGGCCUGGAUCUGUCCAAGAAAAGCCCGCCGGGCUCCGCGCCUCCCGAGCGGCCGCUGGGCGAGCGCGAGCUGCCCCCGCGGCCCGACAGCCCGCCCAGCGCCGGCCCCGCAGCCUACAAGGAGCCGCCGCUCGCCCUCCCGCCGCUGCCGCCGCUGCCCUUCCAGAAGCUGGAGGAGGCCCUGCCACCCCCGGACCCGUUCCGCGGCGGCGGCAGCCCGGGACCCGAGCCCCCCGGCCGCCCCGACGGGCCCAGCCUCCUCUACCGCUGGAUGAAGCACGAGCCGGGCCUGGGCAGCUAUGGAGACGAGCUGGGCCGCGAGCGCGGCUCCCCCGGCGAGCGCUGCGAGGAGCGCGGCGGGGACCCGGCCGCCUCGCCCGGGGUGCCCUCGCUCGGCCUGGCGCCACCGCCGCGCUACCCCGGCAGCCUGGACGGGCCCGGCGCGGGGGGCGAUGGCGACGACUACAAGAGCAGCAGUGAGGAGACGGGCAGCAGCGAGGACCCCAGCCCGCCCGGCGGCCACCUCGAGGGCUACCCGUGCCCGCACUUGGCUUACGGCGAACCCGAGAGCUUCGGCGACAACCUGUACGUGUGCAUCCCGUGCGGCAAGGGCUUCCCCAGCUCCGAGCAGCUGAACGCGCACGUAGAGGCUCACGUGGAGGAGGAGGAGGCGCUGUACGGCAGGGCCGAGGCCGCUGAUGUGGCCGCCGGGGCCGCCGCUGGGCCCCCGUUUGGGAGCGGCGGGGACAAGGUGGCCGGGGCCGCGGGAGGCCUGGGCGAGCUGCUGCGGCCCUACCGCUGCGCGUCGUGCGACAAGAGCUACAAGGACCCGGCCACGCUGCGGCAGCACGAGAAGACGCACUGGCUGACCCGGCCCUACCCGUGCACCAUCUGCGGGAAGAAGUUCACGCAGCGCGGGACCAUGACGCGCCACAUGCGCAGCCACCUGGGCCUCAAGCCCUUCGCGUGCGACGCGUGCGGCAUGCGCUUCACGCGCCAGUACCGCCUCACCGAGCACAUGCGCAUCCACUCCGGGGAGAAGCCCUACGAGUGCCAGGUGUGCGGCGGCAAGUUCGCUCAGCAACGCAACCUCAUCAGCCACAUGAAGAUGCACGCCGUGGGGGGCGCGGCCGGCGCGGCGGGGGCGCUGGCGGGCCUGGGGGGGCUCCCCGGCGUCCCCGGCCCCGAUGGCAAGGGCAAGCUGGACUUCCCCGAGGGUGUCUUCGCGGUGGCCCGGCUCACGGCGGAACAGCUGAGCCUGAAGCAGCAGGACAAGGCGGCCGCGGCCGAGCUGCUGGCGCAGACCACGCACUUCCUGCACGACCCCAAGGUGGCGCUCGAGAGCCUUUACCCGCUGGCCAAGUUCACCGCGGAGCUGGGCCUCAGCCCCGACAAGGCGGCGGAGGUGCUGAGCCAGGGAGCGCACCUGGCCGCCGGGCCCGACGGCCGGACCAUCGACCGUUUCUCCCCCACCUAGGGCGCGCCCCGCCUGCCGGCCCCGUCGCCGCCGCUGCUUGGCCACGACCUGCAGCCCCCGAGCGGCGGCGGCGGCGGCGAGUUGGCUCUCGGCGGGCGCCGAGAGAACUGUAGUAGCUGCUGCGGCAGCGACGCCUCAGUGGCAGCGGCCCCACCUGGCCUCACUGCUUUGUGCCUUAGCCCGGGGUGGGGGUAGGGGUAAAACCCCGGGACGGGGGUGGGAUGGGGGAAGGGAGAUUUAUAUUUUUGAUAUCAGCUUUGACCAAAGGAGACCCCCAGCCCUUCUCCGCCUCUUCCUGUGGUUCGUUGGCCCCCUCCCCUGGCUCCGUGCUGCUCCUGGGGGGAGGGGUGUCACUGUUGGGGAGCUCCCGGCCCUACCUCCGGCCCUUGCGACCACACCCUUUCUCACUGUGAAUCUCCCCGCUGGGGUCGGAGCGUCGGGCAGACUUGGGGAGCAGGGAGGGGACUGAGCCGGCCGGAGGGCCUCCCCGCCCCCGCCCCCGCCCGCCCCGGGACUGAUAAUGUGAAGUUCCUCAUUUUGCACAAGUGGCACUAGCCCCAGGGCCAACCCUUCCCUCCCUCCUAAGUCAGAAGGCUGAGACAGCCCUGGCACGCCCGGUCUCUCCCCCCCUCCCCCCCAGGUGUCCCUCUCCCUUCCCUGGGGCCCCGGACCAUAUUUAUUGCAUGCGCCCAGGGCGGCCCCCAUCCCAUCCCGAGCCCUUGACUGGGCUGGGACUGCGGUCUCUUUAGCUCCCUCCUCCUCGUUUGUAUAUUUCCUACGUUGUACACAGGCUCUUCCAGAGCCGCUUCCAUUUUCUAUACUCGAACCAAACAGCAAUAAAGCAGUAACCAAGGA